AUGUUAUCUGCUUUUUCAUCCAUUUGUUUAUUACUUUUUACAUCUGUUCUAAUUGUUGAGAGUAAUGUUAUUCAUACAUGUCAAGCUCUAGUUGAUAAACUUGAUACAUGUAUGGCUGUAGUACAAUUUGGCGGUGAUUGUAAUUCAGGUAUUGUUAAUUUGACUGACACUGAUUAUGCAAAAUGUAAUACGACGAGUUUUUUUUGGUCUUAUCCACUUAAUAAUUUAACAUUAAUGAUUGAAACACCAUUUACACACCAACAUGAACCAUAUAGCAUCUAUCUCGAUAAUGAACAACUAAUGUCAGCUGUCUCACAUGUUUAUCGAAUAUUUAAUAAUCAAGAAACAGAUGUAACGACUAAAGAUAAAACACUUAUUCAAUAUUCUGAUUCAAAUUAUGAAAUUAUUCUUAAAUUUCAAGGUCCUGAGUAUCUUCAUCGAUAUGGUGUUAAUAUUGAUUAUAAUGUUCUACCAAUGUAA